CAAUAGACGUCUUCCGCAUUUACGGCAGAACGUGGUGGAGGUCAGGGAUGGAUGUAUGUUGCGCUUGACAUUAGAAAACAGUUAAACUUUUAACGUUUGCUUUAAUAUUUCAUUGUAUCGUAUGACUUUACUACAUUCUGGCUCUUGACCACACUUGUUCUGACUCAAGGGGGAAGGCCAGAUAAGUACAACAACCUGUUACCACGCCGUAAGAACCAGAUUGCAAGGUUAGCUAGCUGCCCCACCACCAAACAUGGAUAACAACACGUCUGGUUCGGGUGGAUUUAAAGGUGGAUUGGGUGGCAUUUUUGGUGGAGGAGCUCCGGAAUAUUCAAACACAGAGUUGGCUGGCGUGCCAUUGACCGGAAUGAGCCCUCUCUCGCCUUACCUCAACGUCGACCCCCGGUACCUUGUGCAGGACAAUGACGAAUUCAUUCUUCCUAUGGGGGCAAGUAAAACCCGUGGUCGUUUCGAGCUGGCUUUCUUUACCAUCGGCGGAUGCUGCAUGACCGGCGCUGCAUUCGGAUCUCUAAAUGGACUGCGUAUGGGUCUGAAGGAGACGAAAGACAUGGGCUUUUCCAAACCACGGAAUGUGCAGAUCCUAAACAUGAUCUCAAGGCAAGGUGCUUCUUGGGCGAACACACUAGGCUCUGUGGCCCUGCUGUACAGUGUUGUGGGCGUAGCUAUCGAGAAGGCGCGUGGAGCUGAGGACGACAUCAACACCAUAACAGCCGGCACAGUCGCUGGAAUGCUGUACAAAUCCACAAGUGGUCUUCGAGGAAUUGCACGAGGCGGCCUGGCAGGCCUGGCUUUGACUGGUGCCUACGCUCUCUAUAACAACUGGGAUCACCUGAAAGGCUCGGCGCCAACCCGCUACUGACCCCCCCACCUCUACCCUUACCCCACCUCCUCACAGCAGCAGAGGACACUGGGAUAUUGGAGGAAUAACUGGCUCAAAGCCACUGACUUUUUAUAUAAAACCCAGACCUCCAUCACAUCACAACACCACACAAUCUCCUCCAAAGCUUCUCAACCAGAUCCGUAUACCCAUUCUCCACCUUCCUUCCCUCUUCUACUUUUUAACCAUGUCACCCCAGUCAGGUGGUGGAGUGGAUAAGUUCGUCCAUUUGGGACCAGAAGAUCUCUCCGUUUAGGUUUUACUCAACUUAUAUUUAUGAAUAAUAAUAAUAGUAAUCAGGCAAAUCAUGCCUAAUGUGAAACAUGGUAUGUGCGACUGGUGUUUUUUGUUUUGUUUUUUUGUUUUAUUCAUGUUCAAUACUCCCCAUUUCUGUGGCCAAAAUAGAACGUUUACACACGUGUAAAACGCCUCGAAGACAACCGAGUACAACCAUCUUUUCCAUCGACAGAUGUGCACAUAUGUGCGCAAAUAAAUCUGGUUGUCACA